GACCCAAGGGCACGGGCGUCCAGCCCGCCUCCUCGGUACUAGAGGUCACGCUCCUCUGCUGCUCCUGUAUCUCGGGCGGAGCCUCCCGCGAGCACGACUGGAUUCGUUUGUUCCACCCUCUUCUGGGUUUCAAUAAAGUUUUCCUCUUCCCGUGUACGGAGCUCAAGAUGGCGGCCUCCUGGUCGCCCUUGGUUACCCUGCGCUUAGUGCAGAGCCGGCUGAGAGGGAGAUGUUUUGGGUGCAGGGCCUGGGCCGCUGCUCUCACCCCUCCGGUCACCGCCCCUGGAAACCCCCUUUGGAAAGCCUAUACAGUCCAGACACCUGAGGCCAUGUCUCCAACUGCAGCUACAGAGGCUUAUUCAAAAGCUUUGACAAUUUGCCAUGGACCGCUGGACCACUAUGACUUUCUGAUAAAAACUCAGGAGCUAAAGGAUGAUGAACAUCAAAGAAGAGUCAUUCAUUGUUUGCAGAAAUUACAUGAAGACCUUAAAGGAUACAGUAUAGAGGCAGAAGGUCUUCUUUCAAAGCUUUUUUCAAGGAGCAAACCUCCAAAGGGCCUGUAUGUUUAUGGAGAUGUUGGUACGGGGAAAACAAUGGUGAUGGACAUGUUUUAUUCUUAUGUGGAAAUGAAAAAGAAAAAACGAGUUCAUUUUCAUGGUUUCAUGCUAGAUGUACACAAAAGAAUACACCGCCUUAAACAGAGUUUGCCAAAAAGGAAAGCAGGAUUCAUGGCUAAAUCGUAUGAUCCAAUAGCUCCUGUAGCUGAAGAAAUCAGCGAUGAAGCAAGUCUCUUAUGUUUUGAUGAAUUUCAGGUCACUGACAUUGCUGAUGCCAUGAUUCUGAAACAGCUUUUUGAAAAUCUGUUCAAAAACGGGGUCGUCGUUGUGGCAACAUCCAACAGGCCACCGGAAGAUCUCUACAAAAAUGGACUCCAAAGAGCGAACUUUGUACCAUUCAUAGCUGUUCUGAAGAAGUACUGUAAUACGGUCCAACUCGAUUCUGGGAUAGAUUACCGGAAAAGGGAACUUCCUGCUGCAGGAAAACUCUACUACCUCACAAGUGAAGCUGAUGUGGAGGCUGUCAUGGAUAAGUUGUUUGAUGAGCUGGCUCAGAAACAAAAUGAUUUAACUAGACCAAGGAUUCUAAAAGUGCAAGGCAGAGAGCUGCGGCUGAAUAAAGCCUGUGGAACCAUUGCCGACUGCACAUUUGAAGAGCUGUGUGAGAGACCACUUGGAGCCAGUGACUAUUUGGAACUAUCAAAGAAUUUUGAUACAGUGAUUUUACGAAACAUUCCACAAUUUUCAUUGGCAAAAAGGACUCAAGCUCGAAGAUUUAUAACUCUCAUUGAUAACUUCUAUGAUUUCAAGGUGCGCAUAAUUUGCUCUGCAUCGACUCCUAUAUCGAGCUUAUUUUUGAUUCAACAUCAUGACAGUGAGUUGGAGCAAAGCAGAAUACUGAUGGAUGAUUUGGGGCUGAGCCAGGGCUCAGCAGAAGGGCUCUCCAUGUUUACUGGAGAAGAGGAAAUCUUUGCAUUUCAGCGUACCAUUUCCCGGCUCACAGAAAUGCAGACUGAACAGUACUGGGAUGAAGGGGACAGAAGCAAGAAGUAACUAUCACUUUGGCAUGAAUAAAACUCUGGAUAAAUGAUUAGAGCAGGAAGAACUCUUAUGGAAUUUGAAGGAAUCAUUUUCUCAUCAUUAAUUAUGCACUUUGUCCUCUGGACCAUUUUUAUCUAAAAUAGCUGUCAGAGAUGUAGUGGAUUAGUAAGUUAAAGCCACUUUCAUAGAUCUACUUUUGCCUAUUUAUUUGGCCUUAUUUGUACAUCACAAAAUUAAAAUCAGCACUCCUAAAGAUUUAUAUGAAAUCAGACAUUUUGGCUUCAUAUAAACAACCCAAAUGAACCUGACCACCCCCUCUCUAGUCCCAUCCUCCACACAUGGGGUAUCUGGACAUCUCUGAGCUUUAGUUCCAGAAUAGUUGCAUGAUAGAAACACAUUUUUUUACGAGAAGGAGAAAAAACCCUCCAUCUCAAUGCAGAGAGCUUUGAAAGGAAUAAUGAGAAUAUCAACUUGUGCAUGUAAUUUUCUAGCUACAGAUGAUAUUAGUAAAUCUUGAUCCCAGGCCUUCAGGUUUGGUGACACGGAAUAUGUUUUUUUCCCCGAGAUCAAGUUUGGCAAGUGGGACCUGAUCUCCAGUGAUACAGAGUUACUUGAGGAGUUAUUGGGGGUGGGGGGGAAUCAAGGAUUAUGACAUCAUAGAAUACAGAGAAGGACGUCAACUUCCAACUGACAAGCCGAAACCCAAGUCUGACGCCAGUAGGAAGACAGAUAACAGGAAUGCGCCCGCGAGAGCCGAAUGCGCCCGCGAGAGCCUGUCGAGAGGGAGUCUGUAUCCAGUUGAGUCCUGCGCAUACCAAACAGCAGAGUAGCCACGGGACAGAGGCUCCGCCAGAUGAAUUUGCUCUGGGUGUGUAGUGCUGCUCGGCACCUUUCCCACAUGCUGCUGCUGAGAUGAACCGAACAGUGCAAUGCAAGGAACACCUAAGCAGCUACUUAAAUAAAGUCCAAUUUGUCUUGCA